AUGGCAGGUCAGAAAGGACCAGAAAUCAGAACAGGAAACACACCAGACGAUAUCGAUAUCCCCAUUAAGGCCGGCCUCGAGCUGGAUAUGACCACCGACGACAAAUACAAAACUGCCAGCGAUGACAAACAUCUAUACGUCGACUACAAGAACAUCACAAAGGUCAUCGGUGUUGGCAAGCUGAUCUACGUUGACGAUGGCAUCCAGUCCUUCGAAGUUCUCGAAGUCAAGGACGAACAAACACUGCGCAUUCGAGCAUUAAACAAUGGCCAGAUCGCAUCAAGAAAGGGUGUAAACCUUCCGGGAACCGAUGUUGAUUUGCCUGCCCUAUCUGAGAAAGACCAAGCCGAUCUCAAGUUUGGUGUUAAGAACAACGUCGACAUGAUCUUUGCUUCCUUCAUCCGACGAGGAGAUGACAUUAAGCACAUCCGGAAGGUGUUGGGAGAGGAGGGGAAGGACAUUCAAAUCAUUGCCAAAAUCGAGAACCAGCAAGGUAUGAACAACUUUGACGAGAUCUUGAGGGAAACCGAUGGUGUCAUGGUUGCUCGAGGUGACUUGGGCAUCGAAAUCCCUGCUGCCAAAGUCUUCAUUGCACAGAAGAUGAUGAUUGCCAAAUGCAACAUGGCCGGAAAGCCCGUCAUUUGUGCCACACAGAUGCUGGAAUCUAUGACCAACAACCCCCGACCUACUCGUGCUGAAGUUUCAGAUGUUGCCAAUGCUGUGCUUGAUGGUGCUGACUGCGUCAUGUUGUCCGGCGAGACAGCCAAGGGCAGCUAUCCUAAAGAGGCUGUCACUAUGAUGCACGAGACUUGCUUGUUGGCUGAAGUUGCCAUCCCUUAUGCUAACGUGUUUGACGAGCUACGUAGCAGCCUUCAGCGACCGAUCUCAACUUCGGAGUCUAUCGCUAUUUCAGCUGUUGGAGCAAGCAUGGAACUCAAUGCUGGUGCCAUUAUCACGCUGACGACUAGUGGAGGUACAGCACGACUCCUGUCCAAGUACCGACCAGUUUGCCCAAUUAUCAUGAUCACGAGAAACGCACGUGCAUCAAGAUAUGCCCAUCUCUAUCGGGGUGUGUAUCCAUUCCAUUUCCCAGAACCAAAACCAGACUUUCGAGGUGUGGACUGGCAGCAAGACGUCGACAAGCGACUGAAAUGGGGUAUUGCAGAAGCCAUCAAGCUGGGAGUCGUGAACAAGGGAGAUUCGAUUGUGUGUGUGCAGGGCUGGAGGGGUGGUAUGGGUCAUACAAAUACCAUCCGUGUUGUGCCCGCAGAAGAGGAUCUGGGUCUAAAGGACGCGUGA